GCCGGGCAGGGUAAUGCCCUCAGUGAUGGAGAAGCCCAGUGCGGGCUCCGGGAUCCUGUCCCGAAGUCGGGCCAAGACGGCACCCAACGGCGCACAGCCGCACUCGGAGGAUGACAGCAGCGAGGAGGAGCACUCUCACGACAGCAUGAUCCGUGUUGGAACCAAUUACCAAGCAGUAAUUCCAGAGUGCAAGCCUGAGAGCCCUGCGCGCUAUAGCAACAAGGAGCUGAAGGGGAUGCUGGUGUGGUCCCCCAACCACUGUGUAUCAGAUGCCAAACUUGACAAGUACAUUGCCAUGGCCAAGGAGAAGCAUGGCUACAACAUUGAGCAGGCACUCGGUAUGCUUCUGUGGCAUAAACAUGAUGUGGAGAAAUCGCUGGCUGACCUCGCCAACUUCACCCCCUUCCCUGAUGAGUGGACGGUAGAGGACAAGGUGCUGUUUGAACAGGCCUUUGGAUUCCAUGGCAAGUGCUUCCAGCGGAUCCAGCAGAUGCUACCUGACAAGCUGAUUCCCAGCCUGGUGAAGUAUUACUACUCUUGGAAGAAGACCCGAAGUCGAACUAGUGUGAUGGACAGGCAGGCCAGGCGGCUGGGUGGCCGCAAGGACAAAGAAGACAGUGAUGAACUUGAAGAGGGACGAGGAACUGUGAGUGAGGGAGAACCAGAUACUGGAGACCCCAAGCGAGAGCCUCUGCCAUCUCGACCUCUGAAUGCACGGCCUGGUCCUGGGAAGAAGGAGGUCCAGGUGUCUCAGUACCGCCACCACCCGCUUCGAACUCGGAGACGUCCGCCCAAGGGCAUGUACCUGAGCCCUGAAGGCCUCACUGCAGUCUCGGGAAGCCCAGACCUCGCUAACCUCACACUCCGAGGUCUCGACUCACAGCUCAUCUCUCUUAAGCGCCAGGUUCAGAGCAUGAAGCAGACCAACAGCAGCCUCCGCCAAGCACUGGAGGGCGGCAUUGACCCCCUCCGCCCGCCUGAGGCCAAUACCAAGUUCAACUCCCGCUGGACCACAGAUGAGCAACUUCUGGCUGUACAAGGUACAGAUUACAUCUGUCUCAACAUCAGUCCCCCGCCCAGUCCCCCCUGCGCCGCCCCCGCCUCCGCCGCCCACCUCGCUUUCCCAGCCACCUCCACUGCUGAGGCCACCUCUGCCCACAGCUCCCACAUUGCUCCGCCAGCCACCUCCCCUGCAGCAGGGACGCUUCCUGCAACCCCGGCUGGCCCCCAACCAGCCCCCACCACCGCUCAUCCGCCCUGCCCUGGCUGCCUCUCGCCACAGUGCCCGCCCUGGGCCUCAGCCUCCACCCACCCUGAUUGGAGCCCCCUUGGAGCCCCCUGCACCCUCACUUUGAGCCCUGGAUCUUCCACUGCCCAGAAGCUCCUGAAGCCUUUGGCUGGAUAUUGCUGGCAUCACUAAGGACAGAAGGGACUAGGGCUCUUGCCAGGUCUUUCAAAUACCCAGAGCUGCCAGUUGGCACAGAUUGGACCUGUGGGUUCUGCAUGUGUUCCUGGCAGCUGAGCUUGUCAACCCCCAGCCAGGGGCUAGAGCUCAGGAUCUGCAGGGACUCUGCUUCCUGGCUGUGACUGGAAUGGCUGCCUCCUUGCCUGCCUGCCUGCCUAGGGCUUGGCCUCUGGGCCUACCCUUUGUGUGGGGGUAGUGACUUUAGCAUGGGGGAUGGGGGAGAGGCCAGUUGGGUUUGCUGGCCUCAUUCACCUUUCCCUCCUUUUAGCAAUAAGUCAGGUGCAGUGGGAGGGUACUGGGGUGGGGACGCCAGAGACCCCGUGGGAAGAAUGUCAGAAGCUGUGAGGAGGUCUACUUUGUCCACCCUGAAAAGGCUUGGAGAAAGGAGGGUUGGGGACUUACACAGACAUGGGUUUAUUUUUCAACAUUUUUAAAAAAGAAAUAAA